CAUCCUUCGGAGUCUGCAGGCCUGUACUGUCCUCCGGCAGGUGCAUUUUGCUGAAUAGUCACUUGGUUACACUGGAAACAGCAGCAGCACCACCACCAGCUCCAGCAGGUAUGGAAGCAGCACUGGUGGAAGCACCAGAGGGAGGAGCAGUUGCAGCAGCAGUGGUGGAAGCACCAGAAGAAGCACCUGCAACAGCAGUGGUGGAAGCACCAGAAGAUGCAGCCGAAGUAGCAGUGGUGGAAGCACCAGAGGGAGCAGCAGUUGCAGCAGCAGCGGUGGAAGCAUCAGAAGGAGCAGAUGCAACAGCAGUGGUAGAAGCACCAGAAGGAGCAGCAGUUGCAGUGGAAGCAUCAGAAGAUGCAGCCAAAGUAGUAGUGGUGGAAGCACCAGAGGGAGCAGCAGUUGCAGCAGCAGCAGUGGAAGCACCAGAAGGAGCAGCUCUUGCAGUGGAAGCAUCAGAAGAUGCAGCCAAAGUAGCAGUGGUGGAAGCACCAGAGGGAGCAGCAGUUGCAGCAGCAGUGGUGGAAGCAUCAGAAGGAGCAGAUGCAGCAGCAGUAGUGAAAACACAAGUAGAUCUGAAGUCAGUAGCCAAAGCAGCAGAAAGGGUGGCAAAAGCAGAAGUAGCCAAGGUGCUGCAGUCAGCAGCAGCAGAGCUAAAACAUAGAAGGAAGAGUGCAAGAUUAAAGCUGAGGAACCCCACGCAGAGAGAAGAGGAGAAAGAAGUGAAUGAAGGGGAAGUGAAAUGAAAUGAAGUGCUGUUCAUGUAAUACCAUCAGAAAGAGAACACUGUCUACAAGCAGUAUCCAAUCCAAUUGCUGUUUGAAUGUGGUAGGACACCAAUCACGUCCUUGCAGACAGAGCAUGGGUCCUCAUUGAAAAAGUUAAAAUAAUAAAAAUGCAUUGUCUUUCAAGUUUAGUAGUUUUAUUAAGUGUUUGGAAGGCUAGUCUGUCCUGCAGGGCGAAAAACCUGGACCCCCAAACACAGUUUCUGGAAACGGGAGAGAAGAGGGCAUUGCGGGUGCUGGACAACACAUUGAUGAC